CCACCACGCUCGCGGCGAAGAGCUCAGCAGUCGUCGACGGAGCAUCGCUAACCAAGCAAAGCGAGGAGGAGGAAGCCAUGGGUGAAGAGGGGGAGCUGGCCGCGGAGAAGCACGUCCGCUACAUCGUCACCGCGGAGAAGGUAAGCAACCACCCACCCAACCCAUACCCCCUCUCGGAUGCGAACCGUCUCCGGCGAGAACUCAUCCGUCCUCCUCGCCGUUUGCCGCAGAAGAAGGACUCGUUCGAGUCGCUGGUGAUGGAGCACCUCCGGGCCAGCGGCGCCUACUGGGGCCUCACCACGCUCGACCUCCUCCACAAGCUUCACGCCGUGGACGCCGCCGAGGUCGUCGACUGGAUCAUGUCGUGCUACCACCCGGAAUCUGGUGGGUUCGGGGGGAACGUUGGGCACGACCCGCAUGUCCUCUACACGCUCAGCGCCGUGCAGGUCCUCUGCCUCUUCGAUCGGCUCGAUGUUCUUGAUGCAGACAAAAUUGCUGAUUCAUGUCAAAAUUUUAGUCUGCUGCUGCAUCCGGAAUACAAGAGCAAUUUUAACAUGGUCCCUCUUACUUCUUCUUUUCACAUGGGAGAUAUUACUGGACUUCAAAAUGAGGAUGGGUCAUUUUCUGGUGAUAUUUGGGGUGAAGUUGAUACUAGGUUCUCGUAUAUUUCCAUAUGUACCUUGUCAUUACUGCAUCGUCUGCACAAAAUUAAUGUGGACAAGGCUGUAGAAUAUAUUGUUAGCUGUAAGAACUUGGACGGCGGAUUUGGGGCUAUGCCAGGAGGGGAGUCUCAUGCUGGGCAGAUAUUCUGUUGUGUUGGUGCUCUCGCAAUCACCGGCUCUUUGCAUCACAUUGAUAGAGAUCUCCUUGGAUGGUGGCUUUGUGAGCGCCAGUGUAGAGAUGGAGGGCUCAAUGGGCGUCCUGAGAAACUUGCUGAUGUGUGCUACUCAUGGUGGGUGUUAUCAAGCUUGAUAAUUAUUGAUAGAGUGCACUGGAUUGACAAGGAAAAACUUGCAAAGUUCAUAUUGAACUGUCAGGACAAGGAAAAUGGUGGAAUUUCUGAUAGACCAGAUAAUGCGGUCGAUAUCUACCACACGUACUUUGGAGUUGCAGGGCUUUCAUUGAUGGAGUAUCCUGGAGUGAAGCCUAUCGAUCCUGCCUACGCCCUCCCUUUAGAUGUUGUCAACAGGAUCUUCUUGACAAAACAACAAUAGUGUGCCUUAGCUAGGAAGAUCAUGUUGUGACUGCGAUGACGUCAGGUCAGCACGAGUGGAGAGCUUACCCCUCCUUCGGUAGCUCGCACUGAUGUUUCUGAUCACUCCCAUGCAUGAGAUCAUGGCUUUGAACGUUUGAUGAUAUAGUGCAGGCCUCAUAUUUACCAGGAAAUCCGGACACUUGGUUAUGUAGAAGAGUGUAACGUCCAAGGACUGAGAAUCAAAUUCAAUCAAGAUUAUUUUUGUUGGAAUA